CGAAUUUUUUUUGCACCCUCCCGCCCAGGUUUCAGUUUCCCAUUCACGCCUCUCAGAAGUCAGGCCUCAGCCACCGUCAAAAUAAGAAAGCUCAUGGAAUGGGUAGAAAAAAAUCUAAUCUAAUCUAAAUAAUAAAAAAUAACAAAAUUUUCGCGAUCUCCGAGAAAAGUUUUACCAUGUUCUCCGCUAAUUGAUACCAACUAUUAACUAUAUAUGCCAUGACAACACAAUCGGUGAACAUUUCAUUUCAUAGAUAAUUGAUAAUUGAACUGCUGGCGGUUCGUUUUUCUUUGAUUUCCGGCUGAGCGUGGUGAAUCGCCGUCAGAUGGCCGCAUAUGCGGCGAAGCGCAUGGGUGUGCAUUUGGGAACCAGGUUGGGCGGGCCAACCCGAUUCCAAUGCAUCCGGAACAUUUCUCAGCACUCUGGUUCCACCUCCAACCACUUGUUUAUCGUCGAUACUCUUGCUCUGGUGAGGAGAUUGGAAUCUCAAGGCGUGCCAUCCAAGGUAGCCGAGGCCCUCACGGCAGCUUUGAAGGAUGUUUUGAACGAUAGCUUGGAACAUGUAGCUAACUCCUAUGUUUCAAAAACUGAAUCCCAGAAAAUUGAGAUGAUUCAUGAAACAAAUUUGUCUAAAUUCAAAUCUGAAGUUCAGAGCUCUCAGGAAAACCACUUCUCUUUGUUGCAACGUGAGACUGAAAAGCUCAGGACUGAUAUUGAAAAGAUGCGCAGUGAAUUGAGGUAUGAAAUCGACAAAGUCACUGCUGGCAAUCGGCUGGAUCAGAAUCUCGAGAGGGGGAGAAUCCGGGACGAGUUAGCUAACCAGUGCCAGGAAAUUUCCAACCUCGAUAACAAACUUGAUCGAGAAAUUCAUUCAUUGAGGGCACAGCUGGAGGCAGCAAAAUACGAUGUUGUAAAGUAUUGCAUAGGUAGUAUAGUCUCUAUAUCCGCUGUUGGUUUGGCCGUAAUCCGCAUUCUGAAGUGAGAUGUCGCGUUACAGUGAUUGAUUAUUUAUAGAAAUUCGAGUUCCGAUAUUCUUAUUGCUGAAUUGUUUGGAGAAAGGGAAGUUGAACCACACACUUGAAAUAGUGUAGUAGCUAAUGUAGGUAGACCUGGAUCUUUUUACCUCAUAAGGUCUUUUCUCUUUAGCUCACUUGUCAAUUGUUUAGCUGUACCAUCUAAAGUACAGAAUAUAAACCAUUGGUAGAGAGAAUUCUCCUCCAAUUUGUAGUAGUUAAUGUAUUAGUUUGUGUGUUUUGAUUCACCGUAUAAAAAUGUUGUCUUACUUUUCCAGAUAUCUUAAA